GGGGCCUCCCUCUCUAAUAUUUACAAGAGUCCCCCAUUUCUUACUCAGGCCAUUGCUCAAUUGGUUUCUUUACAAAGAGUGGUACUCUGGCCAUGCAACAUCCUCCGAUAAAUUCAAGUAAAAGCACAUUUCCUCGUUGCAAAAUUAAUUAUAGUACCUUUUAUUAUCAGAGAAGAAUAUAUGAAACAAUUUUCCUGAAGUUCACAGGUAAGUGAUGCUGGCAUAACCUUUAAAAUUAGCAUGCAUAAAUAAAGAGAUGCUGUAUUUCCUAAAAUCACUUUCUAAUUCUAACAGGGUGGGGCGGGGGGAAGGCCGUAUGAGACAAGAACGAAACUAAGAACUGGACGGAUUUAAAGGUUCUCUUUGAGGGGGAGGGUAUUUCUAAAUGUCUGAGGGUGAGAAGAUUGCGAGUCCCUAAAACAACCUACAGGCAGCGACUCCUUUCAACUGUUUCAUUUUUCAGAGCAUCAGCCGUGUGAAAACAUCAGACACAAGCCAGUCCUGUCGCGCACAAAUACUCAAAAAAAAAAAGAGUAGCAUAAACUUCAGGAGCAAGCUGAUUGGCUGCAAACUAAACGACGCAGCGCACCACCAACCCACCGAGCACCCGUCUGCACGAAGCGAUUGGUCGCUACGGCAAGCGAGCAGGAACAGUUCCUGAGCGUCGACCUCGGGUUCCGGGUUCGCAGAACCAAGAUGGCGGCGGCCAGGUACUGGAAGCUGGUGCCCCGCCGGGGCCUGUCCCUCCAGGCCGCUGCCGAGGCCUCCGCCCCGGCCACCCAGGGGAGCGAUGCAGAGACCGUGGCGACGCCGGCCGCGCGGUACCCGCCGAUCGUGGCUUCCAUGACCGCCGACAGCAAGGCGGCGCGGCUGCGGCGGGUGCAGCGCUGGCAGGCGGCGGUGCACGCCGCCCCGUCCGUGGACGAGAAGAUACGGAUCCUCACCAAGAUGCAGUUCAAGAAGUACGUGGUGUAUCCGCAGACCUUCGCCCUGAACGCCGACCGCUGGUACCAGGGCUUCACCAAGGCGGUGUUCCUUUCGGGCCUGCCGCCCGCGCCCGUGCGGGCCCCGCCCUCGCUCGACCUCGCGGCCCUGCGCGCCGCCGUCUGCGACUGCAUCCUGCAGGAGCAUGUCUACCUGCGGCGUGGCCGGCGCCGGCGCCUCUUCGAUCAGCGCCAGGCCCUCGCCUCGCCGGUCCUGGACCACCUGGUGGGGACUCUGGUGAACCUGCUCGCCCCACUCAACCCUGUCCUGACCACUGCGGCCCUCGAUUAUAAGCGCCCUGUUGACUUUUACUGGCAUCGUGGUGAAGAAAGGAUUCCUGCUGGUCAUCGAAAAGGUCAUAUUGAUGCUUUAAGAUACCAAAUAAAUGAUAAACCACACAACCAGAUAAGAAUAUCUAAGCAACUGCCUGAGUUUGUUCCAUUGGAUUAUUCCAUUCCCGUAGAAAUCCCUGUUAUGAAAUGUAAACCAGACAAGCUUCCAUUAUUCAAACGGCAGUAUGAAAACUCCAUAUUUACUGGCUCAAAAACAGCAGAUCCCUGCUGCUAUGGUCACACCCAGUUUCAUUUGUUACCUGACCGUUUACAUAGAGAUAAGCUGUUAAAACUAAACCAAGCUGAGCAGGUGGAAGUUGUUUUUAGAGCUAAUGCCCUUGCAAGUCUUUUCGCUUGGACCGGAGCUCAAGCUAUGUACCAAGGAUUCUGGAGCGAAGCAGAUGUUACUCGACCUUUUGUCUCCCAGGGCGUGAUCACAGACGGAAAAUAUUUUUCUUUUUUCUGCUACCAGUUAAACACUUUGGCACUGACUGUACAAGCUGAUCAAAAUAACCCUCGUAAGAAUAUAUGUUGGGGGACACAGAGUAAGCCUCUUUAUGAGACAGUGGAAGAUAACGAUGUGAAAGGCUUUGAUGAUGAUGUUCUCCUGCAGAUAGUUGACUUUCUUCUAAAUAAACCGCAAGAAGACAGGACGCAGCUGUUGGGAAGCCAGGAGAAAGCACUUGAUCUGGGACCUUGAGGAUAUUUCAAUUUCACCAGAGGAAAAAUAAAAUCAUUUAAGAAUUC